CGUAACCUCUAAUUCAGACUGUUCCAGCAUUUCAAACAAGACCACUAUAAAUUACAACUGGGCGACUUGAAGAGCAUUAAGAAAACAAAACAUUGUCUGAGAAACACAAAAUUAGUAUCUUCACACCAGUACGAGAACAGCACAUCCCACUGGUUUUAAACGUACUCAACAAAGCGAUGGAAAAGCCAAGCCGUUUAUUGCAUAGAAGCAAACGCUGUCUACAGCCUCUGGCUACGAUAUCCGAAGACAUCGGAGAGACCCGAAAAAGCAGAAGACGAGAGAAUGAAAUUUGCCAAGAUUCCGCAGACACAAGGGUGAAGGAGUACAAUGAACUUUUGUGCGAGAGCACUCACUGUCUUCACAUCAAAACUUUACCAGAAGAUACACAAUUACAAACUGAACUUCGCACUGAACUGAACUUGAGAGAGUCAAGGCUAGUUGUUUCCAAGAAUGGACAUUCGAAGGACAUAAAUUUUGCUAAAAAUCUUUUUCCGGAGUUCUUUCCCAGAGACCUAGAACAAGGAUAUAAUUCUCACAGUGGCUUAUGGGCAGCAAAACUGACAAUGGAGGAAGUAUUUUCAGGACAGAUUCGCAGUGCUCGUGUUUCAGAGAAACAAGAACUUAAUCAGGAAGCAAGCUUUGAAUAUUGGAAACAAUAUCAAUUAUCAUUCUAACAAUCUAAACUUAAUCGAUCAUCUUUGAGAAAUACGUGUUGACUGCGUUUGAUAGUUAUUAGCAAUCGGUGAAAAAAAAUUCGAAUGGAUCAGUAAAUUGGAUUUAUGCACACGUACCCCUCAUAAACGUUGUAAUUUAUCACCUGUUUCCAUUCAAGUGAAUAGAGCGACAGAUUAGAUAUGAGAUUGUCUAGCCAAAUGUGAGAUGUAUUAACUACCCCAAAAUAUGGAAAAAUUAAUUUGUUAGACUUUAUACGUAAAAGCUAGUGUUUUUAUUUUCAAAACAUUGCGUAUUAAACGAAUAAAAAACCAAUGAUGUUCCUCC